AUGAUCAAAACCCUCGCCCUCCUCGCCUCUCUCGGGCUCGUCAACGCCCAAAACACCAUCGGCUUCGGCCCGUACUUUUCUUUCGGCCCUGCGUCGUCAUGGAUCCGCGAGGCAAACACUACCAUUGUUCUUCCUGAGGCUCCGAGUCCCCAGCAGGACCGGCUUGCGCUGUGGCCGGGCAUGGGCACGAGUGGGGGUGAUCUGAUCCAGGCGUUGGCGGUGUCGUUUAGUGAUCCGGAGGCAAACUGCGGUGCAAAGGCUGGACAGUGGUGUACGUGGGCGAGUACACUGCAGGGAACCCAGCUGGGUGGGAAGCAGGUUCCUGCUUCUGUUGGGGAUAGGGUUACCAUGCAUUAUGAGUAUAAUGACAGUACCAGCAAAUACGACCAGACUGUCUCUAUCAACGGAGAGGUUGUUUCUACCCUCUCAACCAGCUCCGGUCACGCCCAAGGCUGGGGAACAGCCGUUGAAUGCCAGGACGAUGCCUGCAAGAGCACUGCAGCUGCACACAAAUAUCUAUCGACUACGAUCGUGCUGGAAGAAGCCGACUCUUCAUUUGGAGAUACCCUGGCUAUGAAUGAGGCUACUUCGUCUGGAUUCAGUAGUUCGGAUGGGGGAAAGACGUGGGAGGUGGAGACUAUCAGUAUUCAGGAGCAUACUUAUAACUUGUAG